CACACGGGUGCACACUCACACGGACUCCAUCGCAAAGCAACACACAUCAUCUUAAGGUUUUGCUGUCUUGCAAUAUCAAUGGAUUUCGGAUUUUUCGUGAAGCGGUUUGAAAGUCCAUCUGCUGUGGAGCCUCCAUCUGAGAUGUCGACUCAGAGCUGCUCUGAGAACGACCUGAAGUUUAUCUGUGAGUUGAAGCCUGUGCCUGGUCCACCACCAGGCGGUGAUGAUGGCUACAAUGCUGACAUGGAUUGCGAGCCAGUGUCAGUCAUUCUCCCUGCACAGUGUAGCAUCUACCAGCUGAGGCUACGCAUCUGUAUGCAGGUUGAGGAAAAAAACUGUCAUCCAGAUCCACUUGCUAUACUUGACCCAGAGAGAUACACUCUGCUAUAUGCAAGGGAGGAUGAAUGGUAUGAGGCCUACGAUGACUGUCAGGUUAUCAGGACGUUGGACAUUCCAUGGUUGCGUGAAGACACUGGGCACCUCUCUGCACAUAUAGUGGUAAAACCUGUGGUAGCAGUUGAUUCAGAGGAGAAGAAGAAACAGCAGCAGAGUCUGGCCUACCUGAUUGGACACAACCUGGAGAAAGAAGCGUCUGACCGGCUUGGUGAGCUCACAUUCACCCGCAGGAAACUGGCAUCUCCGAGGAGACAAGAGCUAAGAAAUCGAGAUGACAAGUUGUAUGCCACCGAGCCUUGGGUCACAUGUGCCCCCAUUCCGAGUGACCUGCAGGAGCGACUAAACAGGAAGAUUCCUAUCACCCUGCAUUACAUGAGCAAGAUCAGCUUCAGCAUUCAGGUGGAUUUUAGUGCAACCCCAGAUGUUCUUCUUGAAGUUCUCAGAAGGGUGUUGGCAGACCAGGGGCUUCAUGCUGAUACUUUUGAUAGACUGGUAUUGAAAGUCUCAGGCAGGGAGGAGUUUUUAUCUGGUCAAUACCAUCUCAGCGAUUUCCUCUGGGUUCGACAUUGCUUGAGGACCAAUCAAGACCUUCACCUCUCUGUGGUGCCUGACUCCCAGCUUGUCGAGGAGACCGUCCGUAUUGUGGACUGGCCACUCGUUGAUGGUUUCAGUGGCCAGUUCAGCUCCCAUGAUGAUCUCUGCCUUGAAGGGAAGGAUCUGGAUGACAUCUUCAUGAUAUCUUUGUGGGACUGUAACAGAAAACUCAGGGUCAAGUUGCUUGGCUUUGACAUCCCAAAUCUUCCAAUCAAAUCCCCCCAGGCCGUUUAUGUCGAAGCUUCUAUUCUUUAUGGCAACAAGGUCCUCUCUUCAGUCUCGUCUGUUCCCAAGGCCUUCGCAGACGAAGUACUGUGGAAUGAAUGGCUCAAUUUUGAUGUUCUCCUUAGGGAUCUGCCACGUGGAGCUAAGCUGGCUUUCACCAUUAAUGCAAGUGGUGGUGACAUCUCCCCAAUAACCAAAGACUCCGGGGAGGCGAAGCUGCUCUACUUUGUUAAUCUUCUCCUUAUAGAUCACAGGUCCCUCCUCAGCCAGGGCUCCUACACCCUGCACAUGUGGUCCUACCCUGGCCAGGAAGAAGAGGCCAUCACCUACCAGGCAGACAAACUGUCCUCUGCUACUAACCCAGACGUAGCAGACUCCAUGGCUAUCAGCUUCCUUCUAGACCGCUACAGCUUCCCUGUGGUUCUGCCAAAUAGCCUUGGCUCCCCUGAAUGUUCUGGCAGUCCCACCUACCCCUCCUCCCCAUCUAAAUCAACUGCCUCCUCUCUCAAUUCUCACUCACCCUUCUCACCCUGUCCCACUGAGGGCCCAUCAAGUGACACAAUGGCUCUCAGAUCCCUACCCACAGUUGUCAGAACCAAAAGGCCUUGCCUAAAAAAGUUCCGGGAGGAGAGCAUCCGCUACGCGUCCAACUUACCCCUCUACCUGCGCAAUGUUGAUUGGAUGAACCGCAAUGUGGUUGAGGAUGUUCACUGGCUACUGGGAAACUGGGAUACUGAUGAGCUGGACAUUACACUGGCCCUGGAGCUGUUAAGCAUUGACUUUGCUGACGAGAGAGUCAGGAGACUUGCUGUCCAGAGACUGGAGAGCCUGUCCAAUGAUGAUGUAUUGAAGUAUCUGCUACAGCUGGUGCAGACCCUUAAAGUGGAGCCUUACCACGACAGCUUCCUUGCUCGGUACCUCAUCCAAAGAGCUCUGCGGAGCAAGAGAAUCGGCCACUUCUUCUUCUGGUACGUCCGCAGCGAGGUGGCAGGGUGUCCUUACUUCCGCCAGCGCAUGUCGGUGAUUCUGGAGGCCUACCUGCUGGGCUGUGGCCAGGCCAUGCUCGACAGCUUCGCCCAGCAGGUCCAAGCUGUGGAGGCUCUAGAGGAGGUCGCUUUAACGAUAAAGAGACUCUACCCUGACAAGACUGACCUCCCUCCUACAGCUCCCAUCAGGCUCCAAGAGCUUCUCAGAAACUGUAAUCUGCCAAAUGAAUUCCUGUUGCCCUUUGACCCUCGCAUCAAAGUUGGAAUGAUCCUGCUGGAUAAAUGCAAAGUGAUGGCCUCAAAGAAGAAGCCUCUGUGGCUGGAGUUCUCUCCAAUGCCGUCGCCCACCUCUGCUACACCUGUCGGAAUAAUCUUCAAACAGGGCGACGACCUCCGACAGGACAUGCUGGUCAUUCAGACAUUGAUGGUGAUGGACUCUAUCUGGCAGGAGAAAUCUCUGGACCUUAACCUUGUUCCAUAUGGCUGCAUCUCCACAGGACACAACAUAGGUAUGAUUGAGAUAGUGAGGAAUGCAGCGACCAUUGCUGCAGUGCAGAGGAGCCACAGAGGAACGGCUGGAGCUUUCAGAAAUGAUGCUCUGUUUGAGUGGCUCAAGUCCAAGUGUCCACUCCAGGAAAUUCACUACGAGACUGUGGAGACGUUUGUGAAGUCUUGCGCUGGUUACUGUGUGGCCACUUAUGUAAUGGGUAUCGGAGAUCGACACAAUGACAACAUCAUGAUCACAGACCAAGGGAACUUGUUUCACAUCGACUUCGGUCACAUCCUGGGUAACAGGAAGCACUUCCUUGGUAUGAACAGGGAGCGUGCACCAUUUGUCCUCACACCUGACUUCCUAUAUGUCAUGGGCAGGGUCAAAGGUCGCAACAGCCUCUAUUUCCAACGGUUCAGGGACACUUGCACACAAGCCUACCUCUCCCUGCGCUCCCACUCUCGUCUGCUGGUCACUCUUUUCUCCCUCAUGCUGCUGACCGGUAUCCCAGAGCUGAGUGCUGCAGAGGACAUGCGCUACUUGCGGGAGGCUCUCCAGGAUGAGCAGGGUGAGGCGGAGGCCAAGGAGCAUUACCUCCAGCAGAUCUCAGAGUGUGAGAAGCUGGGCUGGACUGUGCAGGCCAACUGGUGGAUCCACAUGGUGGCAGGCAUCAAAUGAUUGAUUUGUUCUGCUGUGGUUCAGCUCUGGAGGAGGUGAAAUGCAUGUUUGAAUGUCUACAUGUAACAAUGACUUUUUCAAUUUAAAUUUUUUGUAUCAUUGUCGUAUUCAUGUAUUUGUGUAGCAAGUUUAGGCUGCUUCUUUAUGCAUUUAUCUGGAGGAGGCUGUGUGGCAGCCAAUGAUAUAAUAACCACAGAUAACAUUAUGUCUGCCAAUAAAGUGAUAAUUUUUCAGUUUUCAAUGUAAUAAAAGCCGUUAAUGAAGUACCUUGCUAAUAACGUAAUAACACUUCUGUGGCAAUAACAUAACUUUUUGCCCAUAAUUUAAUAAUUGAUUACAUUUGUAUUAUGAUAUUUUAAAGAGGAAAUGGUGACGGUUAGUGUCAUGGGAGUGUCACAAGAAUAGCAAAAAAAAACUGGGCAGUGCAAAGGGGGGUGCAAGGUGUGAUCAGAUGCCUGAUCAGAUGAUCAUAUGAAUUUCUAACAUGUAUGAAAUGUCUUCAGGCGCUCGCACAGUUGAACAAUCAAGAGUCAAUUCCCCUAAAUCCGCACCUUCUCCCUCACUACGUCUGUUUGAAAUGAAAAACAUAACAGAAGUUGGAAAUGUAGUUUUGGGCAGGAACUACGUACAGUGCGAGUAGUCAGGUCGUGUCAGACAAUCUGUCCAAACAGCGUGAGCACAUGAGAGGAUUUACUACCACAAGGAAGAAUGAUCAUGGUCAAUGUUGCAGGUUGAGUUGCUUUGUCUACCCUGGCAACCCAAUACGAUUUCUUUAGACUGUCAAAUAAAGCAAUUAUGAUAAAAAGGUA